AUGAAUAUACCACCAUGUCGCUUAGUUAUCUUAGCAGGCAUCGCUUCGUUUUGUGCCAAUUGGUCGUUUGCGUUCCAGGUAAUUUUUUGAUUAUUUUAAAAUUAGGAAACCGGAAGAACUAAAGCUUAUUGAAAAUGUUCAGAAUGCUUUUUUGGUAGAUCAAAAUUUUUUAAAAUUCCAGAUCACUUAUGUGAACACAUCUGUUGAUACAUUUUAUGCAUUGGCCAAGAAAGCAUACAAAAUCUCUAGAGGUAAGUUGCUUGACUCAAUUUUUUUUACCUUAACCAUGUUUUUUUCUGAAGAUUGCGAUUCUUGUGAGAUGCCUGAAACAGAAUGGUUGAAUGAAUGGAGUUUUGUUGUGAGCAUGUUCUAUCCUGGAACAAUUCUUGGAUUUUUGCUGGUAAUUUUUUUUCUUCCCAGCUCAUGCCUCGAAAAAAAACGAAUAUUUUAUAGGUUCCAAUUCUGACAAAAUGGCUUGGUGUAAAACGUGCUCAAUUAAUCAUGUGUGUUUCGGCGUCUUUGGGUGUUAUUGUUCAUUUUUUGGCGGUUUCGUUUAUAUCCCUUGGUGAGUCAGCGGUGUUUUUUGGGGGGAAAAUAACUAGAAAAAAUGCAGUUUUUUUUUCAAAAAUUAGGGGACUCGUGGGCCUAUGCAGAAUAAUAUUUUGUAAUAAAAAACAUAUUUUUCCUAUGCAGAGAAACGUCAAAAAAAUAUACUGUUCAUUAUUUUGGAGUAGAGACAACAUGAAAUUGAGAGAGUGCAGACAGACAAAUAGUUUCUUAUAUUUUUUGUUCGAAACAUUAAUUUGUCUGUCUGCACUCUCUCAAUUUUACGUUGUCUUUUCUAAUAAAUUGUAUAUUUUGUUCUUUCGACGUUUUUCUGCAUAGAACAAAUAUGUUUUUCUAAUGUUUUUUAUCACAAAAUAUUUUUACAUUUUUCAAAUUUUGAAAUUCUGAAAUUCAAAUUUUUUUGGUUACGAAAAACAUUCUGAAAACUCCUUUCUCUGUAUCACUUUUAUUUGUUUUUUUAACCUGUAAAUUUUGAAUUUCUAAUUUUUUCAAGUUUCCGACGCGUGAAAUUUUACAGCUAAACUAUACAAAACUUAGCCUAUAUCUCAUUUCCUUCUGAAAUUUUCAGGUGAAUCAAGUUUUGCAACAUUCCUCUCGAUUGGCAGAUUAUUAAUCGGACUACAAGCUGGAAGUUCGCUCUGCCUUUUACCUUUAUACAUUAUCGAAAUAAGUCCCCCAGUUUAUCGAUCAUUUUUAAAUAAUUUUCAGGUUUGUUUUUUUCUUGUGAAACAUAGAAUUUAUUUAUUUAUUUAGCAAUGUUCUCAAUCAUUCGCCACACUUCUUGGAUUGGUUCUUGGAUCUGAAGAAAUUUUACCACUCGGGAAUUCGAGGUAACUAAAAUCUGAUGUGAAAAAAUGUAUACACCAUAUUUUUUGCAGAUUCACAAUAAUGCAAAUCAGCGCGGUGGUUCCUGUUUUGUUCCUUAUGGUGUUAUUGCUGUUUACACCACCAACUCCAAUUUAUAUGAGCACCUUUAGACCCGAAUGUAUUCAUGAAGGUAAUUUUGAUUAGAUAAAGAAACAGUUUUUUUUUGGAAGAAAAAGAAAAAGUUAACAGAUAGUUUUUUCUUGUCAGGAGGUUGGAAUCAAAAGUUUAAGAACCAUUUUCGAAAAGGUUUAAAAAUUCUGAAAGUGAAAUUUUUGGAAUCAAAAACAUAAGGGCUAAAAAAUGCUGAAAACAAUUCAGAAGCCCAAAAAAUAUAUUUUCAGCAUCAAAAUCUCGCGACUUCUAUCAUGGCAACGAAAGAUCUGACGCAUAUCGUCCACUUAUUUCCACCUACGACAUCAAAGAACCCAAACAUAAAUCCACCCAUUCCUCAUUCUCAUACAAUCAAAAAUCGUGGAAAAAUUCGUUCAAGGGAUUUUUGAUCGGCGCCGUUGUCGCAUGUUCGUAUGCUUUCACUGGCGAUGAUCUAAUUGACACAUUUUCUGCAAAUAUGUUAAUUGUGAGUGGAAUUUUGAGAUGAGAUAAAAUUUGGGUAAUUAUAGAAUGAUAACACACCUGCAUCCAAACAUCAAACAACGGAUAGUUUUACGAUUUUAGUGUCAGAUGCUCUGGGAUUUGUGCUUUUUGCUGCUUCGUUGAUCGGUGUUUUCUUGGUGAGACAUUUUUUGAGAGGGGAGGAGGGAGUUAGACAAACUUUUCUCAAGAGAGACCUUUUUUCUGUUUUUAACAGUGUUAAAAAUAUUCUGCCAUUUUUAAAAAAAAUUUUCUGUUUUUUAAAACUUUUGAAAACAUAAAAUUUUUCGAUAACAAAAAAAACUUUUGAAAUUUUGUUUUCUAUUGAAAUUUUGAGUGGUUGAAAAAUCUCUCUUCAAAGUUUUCCCCAAAAAAAUAAUAACAAUUCAGGCUGAUCACUAUGGUCGAAGAAAAUUAGUUCUAAUCGGAUUAUUCGGAACAUGUGUUGCAAACAUCGGCGCCGCUGUAAUGUCUGAAAACAAAGUUAUAGUAUCUCUCUGUUUUGCCGCUACAAAAACUUUCAUUGGUAUUGGUUGCGGUGGUCCAGCAUGGUUUUUGACUUCUGAACUUGUUGAUCCAGAAUAUGCUUGGAUAUUCCAACCUCUGUCAACUGGGAUAUUAUUGACGUCAACUAUGCUGGAAACUUUUUUCUAUUUGAGUGUUGAUGCUAUUGUUGGAAGUUACAGGUUUGUUCAUUGUAAUUAAGAAUGUCUUCCUAAUUUAUGAUUAUUAUUACAGUCUUUUGAUAUUGGCAGCCGGUCCUGCCCUUUUUUCUGCAAUUCUUAUUUAUUUGUAUCUUCCUGAAACAAAAGGAAUAUCAAAUGAGGAGGUAAACAAGUUUUUUUUUUGAUUUAUCAUUGUAAAAUUUUUCUAGAUACAAUUCAUGUUGAGAUCGAAUCGAUUCAGUGGAUUGGCUCCAAAAAGUUUCGAAGUUUCUGAAUAUUAUGGAACCUUUGAGGAUAAUUCUUUCUGA